AUGGUUCUUCAAACAUCCAAUAGCAAACUAAGCUUCCACGAGCGUGAAACGGAUAUUGAAGAACAUGGCGUGAUAGGUAAUUGCAUGACUGCGGCUUUAGUGUCGUCGAACUGUACCACUGCUCAGCUCUCGAUGCCUUAUUUCGAUUCCCCUAGUAUCUUUGCGCGCAUUGUUGAUGUGAAGAAGGGCGGUCAUUGGAGUAUUGACCCACAAACAGCCACUGUAAACAAGCAGAUGUAUCUCCCAUCGACCAACAUCCUCAAUACAAAGUUCCUGGCUGACGACGCCGUUGCUAACGUAGACGAUUUCAUGCCCCUCAGCAGCCCCACACAUCUCGUUCGACGCGUCGAGUGUCUCCGCGGGACAAUGUCGUUUGUCAGCGAAUGUGCUCCUGCAUUCAACUAUGCACGUUCGGGGCACAGCGUGCGCGUCGAUAGCGGUAGCAACACGGCCUACUUCGACUGCCCUGACCACAUCAAUCUCGAUUUGCGCUGUACUGUCGGCGCACCAGAUGCGGUAUCAGAUCCAGCGGUAUCAUUAACAUCGCACAAUGCAGCUGAGCGCGGCUUCCUCGGCGAUGCAGUAUGUAUAAAAUUUUCACUCUCCGAAGGCCAAGUGGUUACUUUAGUCUUGUCGGAAAGAGAGGAUAAUAGUACAUCCCCCACCUUCGCUUCUACAGAACACCUCCUCGAAUCCACAACGCAGUACUGGCUCCAGUGGUCGGCCAAGAUGCAGUACAAGGGGCGGUGGCGCGAGCAAGUGCUGCGCUCAGCACUCUCGCUCAAAUUGCUCACUUUUGCACCUACAGGUGCCGUGAUUGCCGCACCGACAUUCUCCCUGCCUGAAGACUUACACGGAGCGGGACGGAACUGGGACUAUCGCUAUGCUUGGCUUAGAGAUUCGUCCUUCACCGUCUACGCCCUCGUCAGGCUCGGUUUCAAAGAAGAGGCAAAUGCGUAUGUUGACUGGAUAGCUUCCCUGCUCGAGCACCCAAAUAGCGACGGUAGUCUGCAGAUCGUCUACACCAUCCAUGGUCAGCGUGAGAUGCCAGAGAUUGAGCUGCCCCACCUAGCUGGUCACAGGGGACAGAAGCCGGUGAGAAUUGGAAAUGGUGCAGCAGACCACCUCCAGCUCGACGUCUACGGCGCUGUCCUUGAUGCCGUCUAUCUUGCUCAGAAACACGCUAACCCGCUAUCGUACGAUUGCUGGGUAGGCAUGCGCAAGCUUGUUGAUUAUGUUUGCGACGCAUGGAAUCAGCCAGAUCUUUCUAUUUGGGAGGUUAGAUCUCAGAAGCAGAAUUUCUUGUAUUCCAAGGUCAUGUGCUGGGUGGCUAUCGACCGCGGACUGCGCCUUGCAGACAAGAGAUGCCUACCUUGCCCCAAUCGCCUCAAGUGGCUCGAAAAUAGAGACAACAUUUAUGAGGAAAUCCAAGAGAAGGGGUACAAUAAGCAGUUAGGUUUCUUUUCGCAGAGCUACGAGAAUAGAGAUGUGCUAGACAGCUCCAUCUUGAUCAUGCCCCUCACCUUCUUCAUCGCGCCCACCGACCCGCGUCUGCUAUCCACACUCAAGCACGUUUUAUUAUCACCUGAAAAGGGUGGGCUUACUUCAAACAACCUCGUAUCGCGCUACGACGUAACGAAAGCGAAUGACGGAAUUGGGGGUGAGGAAGGAGCGUUUGGGCUAUGCACGUUGUGGGCGUGUGAGGCACUAUGUCGCGCUGGUGCAUACGACAAAAAGCUGCUGUCUCAGUCUGUCGUUAUGCUCGAGGACUUUCUGGGGUAUACUAGCAAUCUGGGGUUGUUGAGUGAGGAGAUUGGCAAGGGCGGACAGGCCCUGGGUAAUUAUCCGCAGGGCUUUAGUGCGGUUUCUCUUAUCUCAGCCUGCUUCAACGUCGAUAGGGCGAUUGAGAAGAAGUAG